UAGCACUAUGUUUGGUCUCUGUCUGAACUGGAUGUGUUUCUUCCUCAGGUCUGGCGGGAGUUUCCUGACCGCUUGGUGGGUUACCCGGGCCGUCUGCACCUCUGGGACCACGAGAUGAAUAAGUGGAAGUAUGAGUCUGAGUGGACCAAUGAGGUGUCCAUGGUGCUCACGGGGGCAGCUUUUUAUCACAAGUAUUUUAAUUACCUAUAUACCUACAAAAUGCCUGGGGAUAUCAAGAACUGGGUGGAUGCUCAUAUGAACUGUGAAGACAUUGCCAUGAAUUUCCUCGUGGCUAACGUCACGGGGAAAGCCGUCAUCAAGGUAACACCACGAAAGAAAUUCAAGUGUCCUGAGUGCACAGCCAUCGAUGGGCUUUCGCUUGACCAGACGCACAUGGUGGAGAGGUCUGAGUGCAUCAACAAGUUCGCUUCCGUCUUUGGGACAAUGCCUCUUAAGGUCGUGGAGCACCGAGCUGACCCUGUUCUGUACAAAGACGACUUUCCUGAGAAACUGAAGAGCUUCCCCAACAUCGGCAGCUUAUGAAACAGGCCGCUAGCGGAGGUCUGAAUGUUAAGCUUGGACAGAGGAGAAUACGGCCUCCCCGGCACUCUGAUAUCAGCGUGUGGGGGACCUUUGACUGACAGGCUGGACCGGGACACCUAACCUGCUUCCUCAAGAACCGGAACCUAAAGAAAGUGUCUAAGCACCUUAUUGGUGUGUGCCCUGUUCUAGUGUUUCUUAUGACCUCCGAUGGGUUCUUGUUGAAAAUGCCAAAUUUUCAACCUUUGUGAAGCCUUUGUGGCAUGCUCUGGGUUUAAAUCCAGCUCAGACUCCCUUUGUUUGCAGUUCCAAUAAAACAGUCUGGGAGGAAACGUCACUGACCCUAAGACUGCGGAGAAGACAAACCUACUGGCCAUAUUAGAUUAGGGGAAUCGUGUAGAUCACGCCCAUAUCUCACCUUUAGCUAUUUCAGAUCAGUGAGGUUUUUUAGGCGGAAAGUCAAACCAAGAACUUGGUGCAAAAUUCCAACAUCUUCGUGGGAUUUGACAUCUGCCCUGGGACCGGGGGCACUGGGCCCGUGCAUAGGCAGAGCACCGAGUGCUGAAUUGGGAUCCUGUAAGUUCCAUGAACCAUUCCUCUUUGGUUUGGCUUGUUGAUAUGAUUAAAAUUUUUUAUUCCUUUUUAUA